AUGCACACAGACAAUAAACUGGCCAAUCAUGGCAAGCAGGUCACCAGUGACAGCCGAUCCCAGAUACCUGGUGUAAACCAGCAGGCUCAGCAGCAGCAGCAGGGAGCCGCCGGCCACCUGGGUCCAAAGGGCGUCGGUGCCGGGAGCCAUGGCGUCAAAACCAACCAGAUCUCCCCCGGCAACCCUGGGCUGAAGGCCGUCAGCCAAUCAGUGAGCAGUGUCGGAGGGAUGCUGAAAACCAAAUCAAAGCGGGAGCGGAGUGUCUCCAAUGACUCUGGCGAAUCAAGAAAUGCCAUUCCUCCAGCUGUGGAGACAGAUGCCAAAGGAGAGGGCGUUAUGCGCAGUAAGCGGCGCUGUGUUCUGGAGAAGAAACAGCCAUACAGCGGAGAUGAAUGGUGCUCUGGACCCGACACAGAGGAAGAUGACGACAAGCCAAGAACUGCAGCCCCACGAGAGUGUGGGCUGGCAGGUCAAAUCCAGGGGCUCUCUGAUCGUCUGUCUGCAGGGCCGUUAUCUGAACCUGCAGCUGCUGUAAUGGGACGUAGCGUGGGUCCAGGGCUAAAGGCAGAGCCACCUCAGCCUUCACAACAAGUGGUGUAUGUUUUCACAACCAGCCUAGCCAACAGUGCUGCAGAGGCAGUAAUAAAAGGACAGAGUGAUUCCAUCCUUCUGUUUCACCAGCAAAAUGUUCCACACACCAAGCUGGAGCAGGGCCACGCAUCAGGGAAGCUUCCUAACCUAUCUGAAAAGGUGAACUCCAGCAGCUCUCCACCCAUAGGCACCCCUAAAUCUCAAAGUGGAACUCCACGGCCAGCCUCUGCAGGUGUUGUAGGCCCAUUGCAUCCUGCAGGGACACCGACGUCGGCUGGACACUCGGAUAAUGAAUCCUCUCUGACCAGACCUAACAGCAUUAUUGCCCAUAGAUCAGAAGGGGGGAAUGCAACCACAUCAACAGGCCCAGGACCAGGAGGUGGGGAAGGUGCAGGAGGUGUAACACUUCCGGUUGCCACUGUUUCCCCAUCUGGGAGUCCUUCUAUCCUAUCUGCACACCUUCAGAGUGAUACAGGCCUGAGGACUUGUCCAGGGAACUCAGAUUGUCUUUCCAAAGAACAGCUUGAGCACAGGGAGCGCUCUUUGCAGACACUCAGAGACAUAGAAAGGCUGCUUCUGCGCAGUGGGGCGGGUGGAGGCCCUGGUGACACUGUAGGCUCCAAUAACAAUGGCAGUAAUAACUCCUCCAACUUAAAUAAUAACAAUAAUGCUGAUAGGAGCGGUAUUCUUGAAGACAAUGACAAUGAUACUAAUAGUUCUGGAAACAUCAGUAGUGGAAAUAUGCUCUCAUCAGCCUUGGCACCAAUGGGAGGAAUGAAGAAAUAUGAAGAACCUCUCCAGUCCAUCAUUUCUCAAACACAGUCCCUGGGUGGACCUGGUCUUGACAGCCCUCAAAUGGACUCUCAACAUAAUCUGCCACAACACCCCCAUCACCAACUGUCUUCGCCUGGGAUCGACAUGGGUCCCCUACUUGGACCAGACGGGCUGACACCAGAGCAGAUGGCCUGGAGGAAACUCCAGGAAGAAUACUACCUAGAGAAGAGGAGACAACAGGAAAUGCAGCCCCCCAACCAUCCCCAGCACUUUAGAAUGAUGAGUGAAAUUGGCAUGCAUGGAGGUCCAAUGAUGAUGAGAGGCCCCCCUCCUCCAUAUCACAGCAAGCCUGGAGACCACCAGCAGUGGGGUCCUGCCAAUAUGAUGGGAGGAGGGAUGGGUGGAAAUGCGCGGUUGAUGGACAUGCACCAAGAGGGACCCCGUGGCCCAAGGUUCCUAGGACAGAUGCAGAGAGGGCCACCUGGUGGAGGUGGAUUUCCUGGUAAUGCAGGGGGAGUUUUAUCAAUGGAGGGUCUAGGACCCCAAAGACCCACCAGACCAGGGAUGAUUUGGAUAGAUGAUAUUCCCAACAACAUAGGGGGUGGAGGUCCCUUUCAUGGCUGUUACCCAGGUGGACCUCCGCAGCACUUGCAAGGGGACCCUGAGCAUUUAUUAACACGUGAAGAAAUGUGUCGGAUCAUGGAGAAACGGCAGUUGCAGGGGCUUCCCAGGUUUGAACUUGAAAGGUUAGUUAAACAGCAACAACAGGGCAACAUUGGAUCAAGAAGUAUAGAUAAUUCUGGUGGCCCAGACUUUGCAAAUUUAGGAAUGGGCCGGGGUCCACCUCCCAACCGAGGUGAUCCUAUGGACUUCCCUGGCUCACGGGAUAUAAUGGGCUCUCCUGGAGGUGGUCCCCAAAUGAGAGACUUAGUGGAUUCUCCUUUGGGGAGCAACCUAACAAUGAACAUGAACCAACAGAUGAAUAUUCAGCAACAACAGCAAAUGAUGCUAUCUCAGAAGCUCAGAGGGGGUCCUGCAGGAGGGGCGCCUUUAGGUGAAAUGUUUAGUCCUGGAGAGAUUUCUCGAAUCAGGGCUACACAGAAUGGACGAGGAGGAAAUAAGGGAAUGAUCCCUGGACCUGAUGGGCCUUUUCAGUUUCGUAAUCAAGGCCCCUUCUCUGGGGGUCAGGUGGAAGGACCAUACCUUCAACAGCCUGGCCCUGAGAUGUUUGGGGCUGAUCAGCAAGGUCCUAAUCAGAUGGGGGGAACAUCGCGACUUAGUCAUAUGCCGAUGAGCGGGGGCCUCAGGGGAGCAGACCUCGGCCCUCGGCACCUGUCUGAUCUAGCAAUCAAUGUCAAUCCCCUUACCUCUCCUUCAGUGCCUCCUCCUCAUCAGCUUAAAUCUCCAUCCCUCAACCAGGAGCCAUCUCCUCUUUUACCUUCACCCUCAGCUCCAGGACUGAAGUCACCCUCACAGAUCUCCUCUGCUGGGCAUCAUCCCCCUCUUCCCCCUGCAUCUGGAGCUGGGACUCCUUCCUCUUCUUCCAUGAAAUCCCCCCAGGUAAUGGGGUCUUCCAGCCUUGUGAUGCACUCUCCGUCUGCCUCUCCCGGACGACUCAAGUCCCCAGCAAUGGCCUUGGGCUCUCCAGGGUGGGCAUCUCCAAAAACUGCUCUUCCAAGUCCAGGUGGUCCAAUCGGUGGGAAGGCAGUGGGCAAUGGAGGAAGUAGUUCUACUGAGACAGGCCAAUCACUUCCCCCCAGGAGUUCCAACUCUACCCCUAUAAGCCAGCCUGGAUCUAUGAAUCCAAGUAUGCCAUUUAACUCUUCUCCAGAUGCCCCACCAACUCAGAAUCCUUUAUCUCUAAUCAUGUCUCAAAUGUCUAAGUAUGCCAUGCCCAGUUCUACUCCUCUCUACCAUGAUGCAAUCAAAACAAUUGCCACCUCUGAUGAUGAGAUGAUGCCGGAUCGACCUCUUCUAUCUGGUGUCAGCAUUGGAGGAAACAUGGGCAACCCCCAGACAUCCCAGAUCCUUGUCUCCCAGGGCUCCAUUGGCCCCCAUAGUGACCCACAAAGUCCCAUGGGUAUGGUAAGCCAUGGUCAGCAACACAUGUCCCAUGAUGCCUCAGGACCUGUGCUCUCAUCCCCAAACCAUAUGGGCAUGCCUGCCAUGAACUCUGCCAUGAUGGGAGGCGGUGGACCUGAUGGAAUAGGGCUGUGCAAUAUGUCACCUAUGUCACAUAACCAAAUGGCAGGAUUUCCUCGCAUUCAGCAACCAUCUCAUGGGCCCAUGCACUCCCCUAUCGGAGGGAUGUCACAGAAUUUUUCUCAGUCAAAUGAGGAUAUUCUACAAUCUCAGCAGUUACACAUGCUCAGCAAAGGUCAUCCCCACCAACGCCCCUCCCACCCUUCAGACUCAUUUUCUUCUUUGCCCAUGGGUGAUGGCCCGGAUCUGAGUGAAGUCAUACGGCCUUCUCACACGGGAAUCCCCGAGUUUGAUCUCUCCCGCAUCAUUCCUUCUGAUAAACCCAGUAGCACUCUGCAGUAUUUCCCAAAGAGUGAGCCACAUCAAAAUCCCCAUCAGGGACCCCCAUCCCAGCAGCCUACUCCACAACAGCUUCUCAAACAGUUGUCCUCUUCCGGUCCCCCUCACAGCAGCGGCCCUUCGUCCAACCCCCACCUAGCAAACCUACAGAAUAUGAUGGCUGAACAGCAGCUCGCCUCUCACCCCUCUCAUGGUGGAUUACGCCAAAGCAUGGGUAUUCCUCAAGGGGGUUCAAGGGGUAUGCUUUCUGGCGGGGGCAUGGGCCCCAUGUGCCCCCCUGGACAUAUGAUGGGAAGGACAGGCAUGAUGCCACAACAGCUCCAACAACAUCAAGCCAUGAUGGCAAAUAGCCUUCUCCACCAUCCCUCCAGUCCUUACCCUGGCAUGAUGUCCUCCCAGCAGCACCCACACAAUCUGAUGGCACAGCAGAACAUUAUGAUGAUGCAGGCCAAGCAGCGGAGUGUGUCGAUUUCAGGGGAUCCCUUUGGCCCCCAGGGUCCUUUAAUGUCCCCACAGGGUCCCAUGAUGGGCCCGUCCCACCCACAGUCUGGUAUGAUGGGCCCCCAGUCUCUCAGACAGCGUGGAAUGUCUCUGGACAGUCCCAUUGGCUAUGGCCCUGGAGGGAUGGCUAACAUGCCAUUCUGAUCCAACAAAAUAAAUUGUAAAAAUGCCCACUAGCUAACCUUCCCAUUGUGUCCAAGUUUUUUCAUCAAUGUUAUUUCUGCAAUUUGAAAAGAUGAACUGUAAAAACAAUAAUUCACUGAUACUCCUCAAAUUUUGGAUUUAAAAAAGUUGAAUAUUUAAAAACACUGUAAAACAGUUCAAUAAUAAAUCUGAAGCCAUUUUCUAAAAUACUGUACAAUAUGUAUAUUUAAAGAUGUGUGUAUUUGUUGUGGGAAGAGAGUGGCAGUCAGGAGAGGAGUGCCUCAAAUUUCUAUUUGUUUUAAUAUCAUUGAUUUAUUUUCUCCAACUACCAAACUGUUGUGCAAAGGAAUUAUAUAUAUAAAUAAUAUAUACUUGCUGUAUAUAAGAUGCAAUUUGUGAUUGUUUGCAGUUGUUCUGUAUAACUGUGUUUUAAUAGAAGUCUAAAAAUAGAAUAAUACUGAUCUCUAAGGUGGUUUUAUUUUGCUUAUUGUGUUGUCAGUUAUUUUUGUGGUAUGACAAUGACAAGGAGACACAGUUGCUGUAUACAUGUUUUUUUUAUUGAAUUCAAUUAGCAUAGCUUAAAUACAAGCAAAUGCAGGUUUCAGCAAAUACCAUUUUUUUCUUGACUGGGGAAAUAAAGCAUCUUUUAAA